AUCCUCAGCAGAAAGAGAAAAAAUACAUGCACUGAGUUUGGGGAAAACGUAUGUGAUUACUCCAUCCUUAUAAAGCAUCACAGAAUCCACACAGGGAAGAGGCCCUAUGAAUGCAGUGAGUGCGGGAAAACCUUCAGUCGCAGUUCACACCUUAUUAGGCAUCAGAGAAUCCACACAGGGGAGAGGCCCUAUGAAUGCAGUGAGUGUGGUAAAUGCUUCACUAGCAGCUCAGGCCUUUAUCAACAUCAGAGAAUCCACACAGGGGAGAGGCCCUAUGAAUGCAGUGAGUGUGGAAAAUGCUUCACUGACAGCUCAGCCCUUUCUCAACAUCAGAGAAUCCACACAGGGAAGAGGCCCUAUGAAUGCAGUGAGUGUGGGAAAACCUUCAGUCGCAGUUCACACCUUAUUAGGCAUCAGAGAAUCCACACAGGGGAGAGGCCCUAUGAAUGCAGUGAAUGUGGGAAAAACUUCACUAGCAGCUCAAACCUUUUUACCCAUCAGAAAAUCCACACAGGGGAGAGGCCCUAUGAAUGCAGUGAGUGUGGGAAAAACUUCACUAGCAGCUCAAACCUUCUUGUCCAUCAGAGAAUCCACACAGGGGAGAGGCCCUAUGAAUGCAGUGAGUGUGGAAAAUGCUUCACUGACAGCUCAUCCCUUUCUCGACAUCAGAGAAUCCACACAGGGGAGAGGCCCUAUGAAUGCAGUGAGUGUGGGAAAACCUUCAGUCGCAGCUCAAACCUUCUUACCCAUCAGAGAAUCCACACAGGGGAGAGGCCCUAUGAAUGCAGUGUGUGUGGAAAAUGCUUCACUUGCAGCUCAGGCCUUUAUCAACAUCGGAGAAUCCACACAGGGGAGAGGCCCUAUGAAUGCAUUGAGUGUGGAAAAUGCUUCACUGACAGCUCAGCCCUUUCUCAACAUCAGAGAAUCCACACAGGGGAGAGGCCCUAUGAAUGCAGUCAGUGUGGGAAAACCUUCAGUCGCAGUUCACACCUGCUUACCCAUCAGAGAAUCUACACAGGGGAGAGGCCCUAUGAAUGCAGUGAGUGCGGGAAAACCUUCUCUGGGUGUGUCUGCAUCCAAAGACAUGAGAGAGAAUUCACAGGGGAGAAGCCCUACAUGUGCUCUGAGUGCGGGAAAAGCUUCAGUCAGAGCUCCAACCUUAUCAGACAUCGGACAAUCCACAUAGCAGAGACGCCCUACACAUGCGCUCAGUGUGGGAAGAGUUUUAAGCAGAGCUCUGCCCUGAUCACACAUCAGAGAAUCCACACGGGUAGGUGCCCUACACAUGCUCUGAGUGUGGGGAACGCUUCAGUUAUAGCUCAGCCCUCAUCUCUCAUCAGAGAAUCCACAGUGGAGAGACGUCCUACACGUGCUCUGAGUGCGGGAAAAGCUUCAAUCGGAGCUCACACCUUGUUAGACAUAAGAAAAUCCACAUAUGAGAGAAUUGUAAGAAAUACCUUGAUUCCGGCUGGACAAAGAUUGUUUUUUAAAAAAUCACAAUUGCGAAUUCCCACAGAGCGACCUUUGCACCAUGUUCACUGUGGUCUCUCAGCUCCCCUAGAUGAGUUGCCUGCUUCUGCCUUUUGCAGCUCCCUGUUCUUUAUUCCCCAUCACUGUCCCAAUCCCCCUGUUGUUCAAUUGGUUAGGUCAGUAUUUUUUCUAAAGGGCUGGGAAAACGAGUCCCUAGCAAAUGGCUUGGAACUAAGCACGAUACGCCUGCAUUGGGCUUCCAAAGCAGUUGUGGCCCAGUUUUGCUAUUAG